AUGCUCAUCCACAGCGCCGAGAAGGAUAUCAUCAAAUUUCCGGGUGUCAUCCACCCGAGGAAAUCUAUUCUAAUCCAGAUCCCACACGCAUCCCACCUGACCAGCGGCGCCUCGUCUUUACCGGCAAAUGGAUUAUCUACCUUCCACCUCCUUAUCUGUCUCCACGGAGGCACGCACGUCUUCGUUAAGACCCUCACGUUGGAGAUGGAGUCAUCGGACACCAUCGACAACAUGAAGGUGAAGAUCCAGGACAAGGAGGGCAUCCCAACUGACCAGCAGCGUCUUACCUUCGCUGGAAAGCAGCUCGAAGAUGGCCGUACUCUCAGCGACUACAACAUCCAGAAGGAGUCCACCCUUCACUUGAUCUUGCGUCUCCGUGGAGGCAUGCAGAUCUUCCUCCCAACACUUUUCCUCCCCCCCCCAGCUGCUCAGCAUCCCCCCCUCCUCCCCUCGGCACUUAUUUUGGACCCUCCCACGCUCCCUACCUACAGCUGA